AUGAGAUGCUUCGGGAACAUUUCCAAGAAUUCAAAAGGGUUCUUCAGUCGUCUGCGGGAGAAUUUGCGGCAACCCCAACGCAGUAAUAGGGCGCGUACUCCACCAAACCCUGAACCGUUUUAUUUGUCUAGCCACUCAGCAUCGUCUUUGCGAGCCAAUGUUGCCCGAGGUUCCGAAGAGACACCGGCUACGGCAUCCUCCACAAACAAUCCCAAGAUUAACAGCGAACCUCCGAGAUUGACCGAUUCAUCGGUUGCACCGUUAACCUCAUUGCCCAUCGACAAAUCGACCGGUGUGUUGGAAACACUUAAUAAAGACGCGCAUGUUGCGGAAACGGAAGAAUCUGCACAGAUUGCUUCCACUACUGUCGACUUGAAUGAAGCUCGCCAGGUUCAGGAUCCCAUCUGGAUAGCCCUUCAGACUUCUUUGGAAAUGCUUAGAGAUAACUUGGAUGAGAAUUCUCCACUCGUACCCACCAUCGAGACGUUACUUUUAUGCCUGCCCAGGUUAGAGGCUUGGGGUAGGGCUGAACGGGAAUAUGAGGAAUUGACUCGAGAAACCACAAACGCGAGCGACUCUUUCAGGGAGCUUGUAACUGUAGAAAAAAUCAGUCUCUUUCCAGACAAUCUCUCACAUUCUCUAUUGAAUCUCAUCAACAAGCAUCUAGAAGAAAUUAAAUCGCGCUUGGAAUCGAAUGGGGGAGAUACAGAAGAAAAUAGCGGUGAGGACCAGAUAGUGUAUUACUAUCGAGGUGUCAGGGAUACAUUCGUAAAAUUCGAGGACAAUGGACGAGACAUUCUCCAUAAGAGUUUGAAUAACAGUCGCCUUGGAUGGCUAAAUCAUAUCGAGGAGGCUCCUUUCGAUGCCCUAUUCGGAACCGAACAGGUUCGGCGUGGCUGCACCGAGGGCACACGCACCGAGGUACUUUCUGGACUAGAAACAUGGCUCUUCGAUCCAACUUCAUCAGGGGUCUACUGGAUGGAUGGGAUGCCAGGAAUAGGCAAGACAGCAAUAGCAUACACGUUCUGCGAGCGGAUGAAGAGGCGCCGGUGCCUAGGCGCGAGCUUUUUCUGUGACAGGAACUCUGAAAAAUGCCGGGAUGCGACUAGAAUUAUACCCACCAUUGCAUACCAGCUCGCUCUAUACUCGGCCUCAUUUCGAUCGGCGUUGUUCGACGUGCUGGGAAGCAAUCCGGAAGCUGCGUCCAAGACUUUGACGAAGCAAUUCGACCUCCUCUUGAAUAAGCCAUUGCAACAAGCCAAGGGUACCAUGCCAAAACAAGUGGUCAUCGUAAUCGAUGCUCUGGACGAAUGCGACAAUCUCGAGAGUAUAGAAGGUCUAUUGGAUUUGCUUCUCCCUGAGAGUUCUGGGCCUGGUAUCCCACUGAAGUUCCUUGUCACGGCUCGGCCAGGAGGUGAUAUAUUUGUUAGGAUGUCCUUGGGCGUAGAGAACCAAAAGGCCGUAGCGAUUCACCUCCAUGACAUCAGCAAGGCCCAGGUACAGGCGGAUAUUAAAUUGCAUGUCAAGCACCAAUUACGAUUUGUCAAGUCAAUCGAGGACAGCGAAAUCGACCAAUUCGUGCAACGCUGUGGAGUUUUGUUCCUGACCGCGGUUUCUCUCCUACAAUUCGCUGCAGGAGAGACGGGUUAUUCGAAGGAAUCAUUCAUGUCGUUGAUUCAAAACACCCCAAUAUUGACAACUUUGCAUACACCCAUCGCUAAAAUGUAUAUGGACGUACUGAAAUCCGUGCUCGAUGACGAGGGCCUUGAAGAGGACGAGGUCGAAGAUAUCCGUUUGGUGUUGAAUACUGUACUACUCGCACAGGAAUCUGUCAACGUCGAGACUAUCGGCAUGUUGGCGGGAAUUGACGAACCGAGACGUGUGGAACAUGCACUGCUUUCACUGCGGUCAGCAUUGAAUUAUUCUGAAACUUCUGGUCUGGUUUCUCCGUUGGAUUCGACUUUUCCCGAAGUCAUGUUCGACAAGAGUAAAUCUGGGUCGUAUCAUUGCGACGUUACCGAGCAGGGUCACUUGUUGGCACAAGGAUGUUUGGCCAAAAUGAAGGAGGAAUUACGAUUCAACAUGUGCGAGCUUGAUUCGUCGUUUAUACCCGACAAAGAGGUGAAGGAUAUCGAUUCUAUCAUCAAGGCCAAGAUCUCUCCCUCUUUGGGAUACGCGUGUCGCCACUGGGCGGAUCACCUUGAAUCAACACCGAAUGUAGCUAACAUGUUGCCCUUGCUGGGAGAGUUUCUCUUUGAGCAGCUUCUAUAUUGGAUGGAGGUUUUAAACCUGCUACAGGAACUUACAUCUGGCGCUGCUUCUUUACUGAAGCUCAAACAAAGACUACAUGGAGUGGCUUGUCCACCAGAAUUAACUACUUUACUCGACGAUGCUUAUGCUUUUGUGCAAAAACUUUCGGCGAGCUCAAUCUCAUAUUCGACGCCACACAUAUAUAUAUCGUCCCUUCAACUGUGUCCGAGAUCAAGCUUGGUGUACCGGAUCUACUCUAAGCGCAUUCAGUCCUGGCUAAAACCUCACGGAGGUCCUACAGAGAGUUUGGAUAUGAAGACCUCGGCGCACCAGAGUUGGAAUAUUGGUUCGGGGGCAUUAUCAAUUUCAUAUUCUCUGGACGGUACUCGGUUCGCAGCCGGAUGCGAGAACGGGACCAUCGCUAUAUGUGAUGCACGCGACGGCUCGUUUCUGUUCCAUCCACUCGAGGGCCACACCGACUGGGUUCGCUCUGUUGCCUUUUCACCCGAUGGCACACUUGUCCUCUCGGCCUCGUCAGACUGUACUAUUCGAUUAUGGGACGUAGCGACUGGUCAGCCUGUACCCACUUCAUUUGAUGGGCAUACCCAUCCGGUCAAGUCAGUGGCAUUUUCGCCAAGCGGCAAGCGGUUUGUUUCUGGGUCUUGGGAUAACACGGUUCGCGUAUGGAAUACAGAUGGCAGCAGCUCUACUACUAUGGAAGGCCAUAAAUGGGGUGUCAAUUGCGUUGCGUUUUCCCCUGACGACACAUCGGUGGCCUCGGGUGCUAAUGAUUUUACUAUCCAAGUUUGGGACUUGACUAACGAGGCGCCUACUCCAAGCACCCUUCAAGGUCAUACCAAUUCCGUCAUGUCUAUUGCGUUCACGUCUGAUGGAACUCGUCUCGUCUCCGGUUCAACUGAUUGUACAAUCUGCGUCUGGAGCACGGAUAGCAAAUCACUUAUGUCUCGCUUUCUUCAAGGUUGCACCCAUUUUGUCUACUCGGUAGCCGUUUCGCCAGACGGGUCAUGCAUCGCAUCUGGGUCGGCGGACUCGACGAUCCGGGUUUGGAGCAUCAAUACCGGCAGUUUGAUCACCGGUCCUUGGGAGCAUUUCAACGGCGUUCGGGCCCUUGCGUUCUCGCCGGAUGGUACGCGUUUGCUCUCAGGCUCUCAUAGCGAGGAUAUCAAAGUUUGGAACCUUGACGAGAAACCGAAACCUGCUGACGUGCGACCAUACACUGGGCUGUAUAACAAGUCGUUCCAAAAGGCAUUCCUUGAAAAGGCUCUCAAUGAGAAAAUGAUCCGAAUCCGGGAGCUGCAUGACGAAAAACUUCCUCUUCUCCCCUUUCAACGCCAGACGCCAGAUUCAGCGAUGUCGAUUGCAUGGUUACUCGAAGCCACUCAUUUAGCAUACAUUAAUGAGCCACUGGGCGCAACGCCUACUCCCGGAUUAGAACAUCAGCUCCCCCAUAUGCCUAAUGGAUGGAAGUGGCAAUCGGACGGGUGGCUUUUAAAUGACAAAUCUCAAUUACUAGUCUGGGUUUCUCCAGAUUCCGGUUCCUGCCAUCUCCUUGGGCACAGCGUCAACAAUUCUAGGGCGAUUUCCUUCCUGUCCCAGAAUGAAGACUUUAUUGGGAGGCGAUGGCCUGGAAAAAAGGAGAUGCCAGUAGGAGCCCGUCGUCAAUGGUGA